CUCGAGUCUGAUUCCAAUUCUGCAGGAGCAGUUCUCCUUACAUGGUUAAAGCCAAUCCCUGUUAGUGUUAGCGAGAAAAGAUGGUGUGAUGCAGGCUUACCUGUUGCUUGUGGGUCAUUUGAUUUGAAUCCAGAGUUGUAUAAUGAGGAGAGCUGGCCAAUGGUUCCAUCCUACAAAUGUUCAUGGGUUCGUGGUGGGACAGAUGAACAAUUUGAAAUUUAUCCAAAAAGUGGUGAGAUUUGGGCACUGUAUAAGGAUUGGAACCUUGAUGAGUGGGUCUAUAAUCCUGGUUCUGUGAAAGGAUGCAAAUUUCAGUUGGUUGAAAUCAUACAUUUUUCAAAAUAUUUAGGUUCAGAAGGUGCAUGUUUGGUAAAGGUAGACAGUUUCAAAAACAUUUUUGAGAGACAAACAAUUGGAGGGAGUUCUGUCACUUUCCAUAUCCCUCCGGAAAAUCUGUACGUAUUCUCUCAUAAUGUCCCAGCAUAUAGGUUGAAGGGUGGAGAAAUUGAUAAAGUUGUUGAAGGGAUGUUUGAGCUUGACCAGUUGGCUUUACCUGAAAUUAUGAUUCAGGAGAUUGACUCCCCAAAGGCACCAAAGAAUUGGAAUGCCGGCAGUUUUUCUAGCACUAAUCCAUUGGGAGACCAUCCUUCCUUGAAGUCAUAUCCAGAUGAGCAACUCCUGAAGCCCGGUUGGUCUUCAAACGAUUUUGCCAUUGGUCAGGUAUGGGCUCUGUACAGUGGAAAAGAUUUUUUGCCUAGGCAAUACACCAGAAUAGAUAAUGUGAUUUCUGAGAGCCAAGUAUGUGUGACUUUCUUAGAAGCUCUACCCACUUUUGACCAUGAGAUUGCUUGGAAGAAGGAAAAGCUACCAAUUGUAUGCGGGAUGUUUGAGGUCAGUGGAACUAGUGUCAACCUUGAAAUGUCACAGUUCUCCUGUUUAGUCGACUGCCAAAAAAGCAAUGGCCAGACACCCUACAGAAUUUACCCGCUAAAAGGUGAGAUUUGGGCAAUGUACAAGAACUGGAAUAGCAAUUGGAAGCACUCUAAUUAUGAAAAUCACCAAUGUCAGGUUGUCCAAAUUGUAUCAGACUUAUGUGAGGGGGAUGUGAUAACAGUAGCUAGGCUGACAGAGGUGAAGGGUUGGCUUACUUUCUUCCAUAGGCAACAAGUUGAUGGGUUUGAUCUGAUUCAUGUAGCUUCCAGAAAAGAGAUGCUCGGUUUCUCUCAUCGAAUCCCUGCAUUCCGAGUACCGGGAGUUGGGAGAUAUGGCAUUCCAGAAAGCUCUUGGCAUUUGGAACCAAAUGCUCUACCUCCCAAGCGCAGGAACUGAUUCCAUGAGAAACCUCUUGGCAUUGCAACACAUGGUCUUAAACAUGAUUUCCAACCAUGUGAUGUGCUGUUCUCUCCCUCUUGUAACUAUAGCCUCCGUAGAUAAAAGGAUGAAAUGUGAAAUAGGUGUCACCCCUUAAUAGUAUGCGGAACAUGUUUUACUUUGAACAGGUGUUCUAUGUGGACAGGUUUACCACUGAUCAAACAACUUUACAGCGGUACAAA